AUGUUCAACGCCCGGUCGCAGCUCGUUCCCGGCUGGUCAGCAGCGCAAGGAGGGCUCGGGGCCUCCAACGAGCAUCGGGAUGUGAUGUCGCAGCAGUACCUGCGGCGUCGCUGCGUCAUGAACCCGGAGGGAGGCCCUCAAGAUGCUGCAGCUACUGACACUCACCGUCGGCGAGCCAGCGCGGCCCUUGCUCAAGUCGAUGAAAUGAGAAGGAUCGAGUAUCAUCGCAAGAAGGCGAAAGCAGAAAUUGAUGAUCGAAUCGAGAAGAUCGAGUUGGGAAAUCAAAUUAACGCAAACUUAGGAUGGCCUUUCAAUCAGAACUUGGUACCACAAAAGAAAGAACAAGCUCAAACCAGUACAGACAAUCCCGAACAAUCGAAGGUUGAGAUGGUGGAGAGGUUGCUGGGGAAGAAGAAACCCGGAGACACGGAAGUAGAAUGGGAUCGCACGAUCUUCGGCACUAUGAAGCUGCAAGAGGGGGAGGGAGCACAUCAGAAACCCAUCCUCGGUCCUGUCGUGUGGGAGGAAGGAUACCUGCAAGCCCAAGGGCCAUCAGUGCAAUUCACAGUCAACUACGAAGAAGAUGACGGCAUGAACGAGGAGUUUCAAACAAACUUGAAGGCGACAGUGUUUGAUUCAGCUAGAACAUGCUUGAAUUCUCAUGGAAAGGACUCAAAUGGGUUGAAAGAGGACGACAUCACCGUGUCUUUGAAGAAUUCUGCCAAUGCGUAUCAGAUCCGUAUUUUUGUUCAAGACAAAGUGGAAGGAGACAUCAUCAUACAUGAACAGAUCUUCUCUGAAACUAAGCUGCAAGGAAUUCUGAAGAAGAAACUGAGCGUGACUAGCCUGCCAAAGUCUCUUGGACCAGAAGAGAAUCCUACCUUGUUGGAUCAGCUGAUUUGGAAGCCAAUGUCCUCUAUAGCACCUGUCAUCAUCGAGGCGACAGGAUCGAAAGAGUUUGUUGAACAUAUCUCGAAAGGGAAGAAGAUGUCUUCAGUUCCCGAGAAGACGAUACAGGGGAGAGAAGUCGAAGUGAGAGACAUAGUGAAGGGUGGAUAUUCCAAGAUCAAAUUCCCAGAUGGGGGACGAUUUCUUACAGAUGUCAAAGUACAAGCGACUUUAACGGGCUCGACACUGUAUGAGACUGAGAAGAUCAAAGAGUUGGAGCACAAGCUGACCACAGAAGAGUUGUCAAUACAAGAUGUCAUCAAGAAAUGUACAGCAGACCCCCCCAAGAUGAUCGAAGAGCACGGGAGGCAUAAAAUUGCCCUUUCCCAGAAAAAUAUCGAAGCGGCUCAACGGGACUUGGAGAAGCUCAAAUAUCGCGUCAUCCGAGAAGAUUAUGAAAUCAAAGCCCUCGAGCUGGAGUUGGAAUACCUUGAGCUCGGUCAAGGAAUGCCUCUACCGAAGCAAGUGAUGCUGGCGUUGCCUCGUGAGGCCCUCGAGGGUUGGAAAAGUGCAAAAGACAAGUUUGAUGCGUUGUUUGGAAACGACAAGAACCAAGAGCCGAAUCAGAAGACGCAGAACGAAUGGUUUAGCUUCUUCGAAGGCGAUCAGCGCAAAAAUGUCAAGUCAGAUGACAAGUACUUCGGGAUGCCUCUGAUUGACCCGGUCUCGGGGAAGUUGGACAUGGAGGUUGUGAAGAGGAAGAACAAGGACACAGUCCUCAAGGCCAAGGAGGACAGCAAGACCAUCGUCGACAUCUUCCUCGGGAGAAGUGACGGCAAGACCAGGUUUGGAACUACACCUGCCAUGCGGGCCAAAGAGAAACAAGUGCGAGAGGAGCAGCAAAGAAUCGUGGACUCAAUGCUGCGCAAGGCCAUCAAGAACAACCCCUUCAAAGAUGUCGAGGAUUGGGCGAAAUCGGAGAAUCGUCAGAAGUCUGUGUUUGGGAGCUCACAACAUCCGGUGCUCAAGCAGAAGAUGAAAGUGGUAGAGCUGGACAGCGGCGGGACGUACAAGUUGACUACGCUCGUUCCUGUCCGGCAAAUGUCCUCCAAAGACAAGUACAGCCAAGACUCCAGCUCGCCGACUCGAGAGAGCGGCGACGUGUGGAGCUCAGAGUCUCUCGCGCUUCUCCUGAACAAGAACUACUACAGCGCGAACGACGGACAGACUCCCAACACCGUCGAGCGCAACUGA